AGAAACUGCCGAGCUGACUGUCACUCUCUGGAUUUAGCUCACAGGGAAGUAUAUCUUUGGAUUAGACCUGAGGAAUAGACUCGGUUUUGGAUCCUUUCAACAAUUUAUCCAGUUAUUCUUUAUUGCUGCCCCCAAUCAGCGGUGCUUCAUUCCUACCAGUUCUUGCCUGUGUGUAUCUUCUUCAUUUCCUUGAGUCACCUUGAUUUAUUUUCUCUAUGUUCUCACUUCCUCAACUCCUCUUCUUGUCUUUGCCGUCUAUUCUCCUUCAUAUCUAGAGUUCUCCAAAUUCAGAAUCGCCAACCGUUACCCGCUUUUAUACCAUUCCCACUCCCCUGUAACCAUGCACACAUUACAUGGAGGGCACAAUGCCAUUGUGGACAGGAAGACUGUGGAAAGGGUCAUGCACAAGUUGGAUAGUUUGUCACAGCUCAAAGGAGUUCCCCAGCUUCAGAGGAGCCAUCCUUACCUUCCAGAAAUCACCCGAGACAUAAAGGCGCACCUACGCUUAAUCCUAGAGAAGACCUCCAACCUGGGACAUAACCAGUACCUGUAUGUGACAGUGCACAGUCUACUCAGCAAGACAGCGGAGUGUUCCGAGAUUGUGAAUAAGGAAGGCAUCAUGUCCAGGAGGACCCUCACUAAGCACUCGCUGAUCUUCAGUCACAUUCUAUGUGAGCUCCGAGCCCUGUUCCCUGGAGGUCGUUAUCAAGGGAGUUCUUACCACAUUAAUAAACCUGAGGCAUCCAAAUUCUGGAAACAGAAAUUUGAAUCUAGGUGUCUGGUGGAAUGGAAAGAGUUUAGAGAUGCACUUAAUUCCGUGCAUCCUGUGGGAGAGGGGCCUCUGGAAUCAGCUUUGCGCAGUACAAUAGAUCUUACAUGUAAUGACCACGUGUCAGUGUUUGAGUUCGAUAUCUUCACACGUCUCUUUCAGCCCUGGGAGAUCUUGCUGCAGAACUGGAUGCUGCUUGCCGUAACACACCCUGGAUACAUGGCUUUCCUAACUUAUGAUGAAGUCAAGGAGCUCCUGCAUGGCCUCAUCCGCAAGCCUGGCAGUUAUAUCUUCCGAUUAAGCUGCACACACCUCGGACAGUGGGCAAUCGGCUAUGUGACAACUGGAGGUAACAUCCUGCAGACCAUCCCACAUAACAAGUCUUUAUAUGAUGCCCUGACAGAAGGAGAGAGAGAGGGCCUGUAUCUCUAUCCGAAUGGUUUGAACAUUAAACAUGAUUUGUCAGCACUCUCCAACCCAACAGCAAAUGCGGUGAUUCAGGUUACAAAGGAGCAGUGGGAGGUGUACUCGGAUAUGGAUUCCACCUUUGAACUGUGCAAGAUAUGUGCGGACAGCCAGAAAAACACCCGUAUACAGCCUUGUGGCCACUUAAUCUGUGACCAAUGUCUCAUGGCAUGGCAGAAAUCUGACAACACAUGCCCGUUCUGUCGCACCAAAAUCACUGGCAGCGAGGAGAUUCACAUUAGCUCACAGCCGGAGCCUGAAGAGCAGCAGGCCCCAACUACGAGCCCCCAGAACUCCUCAGAGCAGCCACCCCAAGAAAGCGCUGCCUCAAAUGUAUGCGGCAGCACUUUUUCCGGAAACACUGCUGAUGAAGAGGAGAUAGAUUGGAUUAGAAACAGACCCCUUCCAUCACCCCCUGAUAACCCUAUCUCUCCAGGUUCUCACUUGACAACUCGUCUUCUGCCUAGUGUGCCUACUUUUCCUUAUGCACCUGCCGUUCGCCCUGUAUCUACUACACAAAGGGUAACUCAUCCAGUUUUACCCCGUCUUCCUCGAAGAGUAAAACUGCAGGCUCAAGAUGUUAUUGCUGGGAACCGAUUACCGGCAACACGGCGUACAUAAAGGAUAAAGUGAAACGCGUGAAGCAUCUAAUAACCAGAUGUCACAGUCCUGGGUAGUACAGAAGUGUCUUUCUGGUGGUAUGCAAUUGAAGAGAACAUGCUUUUUAUUCCGCAUCUGUUCUGGGCCAAAAAACUUUAACAGCAACUGUUGCUGACUUGUCUUUGUAUAUCGGACAGAUGUUUUUGUUUGUUUUUGUAAGAAUAAUGAUCAUAUAGAUAAUAAACCCUCUACCGUUUUUACAUUCUAAACUGUGUGACUCAAAAAUGGAAAACUGUAAUGACAAGAAGUAGCAGGAAUAACAAAAAUAAGAGACUCGUUAUGUAUUAGGUAUAGGUGCACAAGCACCACUGUUCUGUACUUAUUCAAACUAUGAUAAAAGUGAUUCCCAAUCAUAGUAUCUGCUUUAAUCCAGAAGUAGCAACAGUUACUAAUAAGAACCAUAGGACAUUAUUUAUAGCUGGAAAUCGAUGAAAUGGAAAAUAGACUUAAUAGAGAUUAAUUUAAAGUUAUGUGUCUGAUUGUUGGGUUUGGGGUCAGGACCUUAUGGGGACUUGGUCAUAAUAGCAGAAAUAAUAGGAAUAUAAUAUUAGAGUAAUAUAACACAAAAUGGCAAUAUAUAAAGUGAAUAUAUAAAUAAUUCAGUUCAAGAGUAGGGUUAUUAAUCCCCCAACAUUUUGCUCCCUGUGGUUUUGCCAGAAUUCCGGCUCAACAUUUUUGAAUUGCUGCCAAAUUAGCAGUUUUCUAUUUCUAGCCAUGUAGUGCACAAAGUCACUCAGCUCCAUUGGAAAUUCCUAUUUUUUAUUUCAAAUGAAGUAAUUAUGUAUUUUGUUAUGUUUUAUAUGUACUAUUUGGAAUUUUAUUUGUAAGCUUAUUGAUUUCUUUUGUGAUGUUUUAUGAAGUUUGGCAAUUCAUUUAUCUCUUAUUUUCCUUUUGGUCCUUUUUUCUUUAUAUAGUAGUUUAAAGUUAAAUCAGUUUUGUUUAUGUAAGUUUUUUAUAUACAGGUACCUUACGGGGAAUAAGUAGGAGGCUGAAUAGGAAUCACCUUAAGCUUUAGCCACAAGUUGUCCCAGUCUCUGCCAAUGGACACCAUAGAGAGGUUGGGUAGGUUAGGAAGUGAAAGUGUCAGCAUUCAUAGCUAGCACCAUCAACAGCGAUAGAGUAGUAUCUAUUGUUGCACUACCUGCAUCUGCAGUGAGCAUUCAGUAUCACAGCAAAAAACAGACUUAGGCAAGCAUUAAACAUUAUGCAGCAAUACUGACUUUCCUAGCCUGCUGGUUUGUACCAGUUUGGAGGAUGAUGGACUCAGUAAGAAGGGCCAUAAACUCUUUUUGAGUCUGGCGCAAUGUGAAAAUGUUUUCACCAUUCUUGUUAGUGAAAAUAAACUGGUAAGAUUUUUUUUGUGGUUCAGGUUGUAGCUGGCUUGUAGCAUUUCACAUUGCCAAGAUGAGGUUCUUGAAGACCUCAAUAACAAGUAUUUGCAAUCUGUUGUGUGGUGGGGAUUUGAUAACACCUCUGGAUGAUGCACAAGAUGGACCUGGGAUGGCAGGAACUUAGGUGCACUAUGGCUAUUAAUGCCCUCCACAUGAUAUUGGGGUCAGCAGCUGGGGAACCCUAGCAGAAGGAAUGUUGCCUGUUAUAAAAUAGUGCAGGAUUGGUGACUUUCUCCAUCUGCACAGACCCUACUGCCUCCAAUGUAGCAGGAUAAAAGAGUGUGCUCUGAUUGUAUUUGUUAUUUUUUGAAACACCGCUCCACAGCCAUGCAGAACCCAUGUGUAUCGCUCCUACUGAACAAUUCUGCCCUAGGAAAUAUGACCCUGGGCUCCGGCAUGCACUGAAUUAAUCUGUUCACCCAAAUGCACUUCGUUAUGAUGCUGGCGGUCUAUUAUUCUCUUCCGUGUUAACAUAGGUCAGACAAGGAAUCUAAAAUGGUAGCUGCUCAAUCAAUUUAUUGAUACUUUUCAGGUGCAUGAAACAGAGGGCUUAUUCAAAACCCACACCCACACCAAAAGGUAUCAGCAACAAGACUUAAACACUACAUGAUAAUAGAAAGUUCAGAGAUCUUACUGCAUAUAUUUGCAAAGAUAUGGUUCAGCCACCAGGCCUCUGUAAGGCUUCUCUGAUACUGGUGAUCAUGAACACUACAUGAUAAUAGAACCCACUCUGGGUCAUAUAACUGCUUAUUGUUAUGCCACAUGAUAAUAGCACAUACAACAAUAUAUUUGUAAAAUUAGAGCCAUAUACGUCAAAUAGAGAUAAGCAAGAUAAGACCGGAUAUUGUACAAAUCAUAACUUGGCUAAAUCACAGACUGAGGUGCAAGAUGCGGGGGCAUAUGCUUAACUUCAAAUUCCAUAUGAGAAGUGUGCAAUAUUCCACACCUGUACGAGGAAUAAGACAAAUACUGCAUGAUUACAUUCCCAGUUUCCAGUUACAACAAGCUACAAGCAUGCUCUCUGUGGGCACACUUGCUGUGCUUUCAGAGGUCAAUUACAAAAUGCAAAUUGCCAGCUCAGUACAAUUGCAGCAUGACCUUAUCGGAAUGCCGACAUCAGCAUACAGAAUAGGGACCCAAGCCCGGCGCUGAAAUAUGGACCGACGGGAUCAAGAACAAGCAUGUGCCGACCCUAUGGAGAUGUAAGCUGUGCAUGGGGUGAGGGUACGGGGUGGAGUUAGGU